AUGGAUAGUACAUUUCUGAAAUAUGGAGAUGUGAUUAACCUCUAUUCAGAGAGUGGUCCUGGCUACCUUCAGUCACAAGGAUUUACAAACCCAGGUUGCUUCAUCCAGUACCAGCCCAAGGAGACAAGGCAGGCUUGUAGGAACUAUCGGGAUUUCUGCUACAAGAUCUUGCCAAAACUAACCUACGAUGCGAGGAAGGAGUAUCAUAAUUUGAGAAAGCACAAAGAGAAAAAUGCAAACAAUAAAGAUGCCCUUAUCAACAUAGAGCAAAAGCUCAUGAUUUAUAAGAAGAAAGUCAAAGACGAAGAGGAAAUCAACAAGAAAGUCUGACAGAUGAAAGAAGGAGAAUGGGUCACCUACGGCAAUGAAAUCCAGCUCAUGCACAGUGAUUCUUUAGGGUUUGUCACUGCUAAUAAACUAUGUGCUGAAUUUGACAGAAGCUGUAACAAGAUAGAAAUCACUGAGAAAGGUUCAUACUCUGCAAUAUUCAGGGUUCUUCCGAGGUACAAAUUUCGGCAAGAAGGAGAAAACGUACUUUACCGAGACCAAAUUGUAUUCUUGAAUAUUAAAACAAAUCUGUACCUUCACAUCACAGAGAAUUGGAUUGAGAAAACCACUCCAAUCAAGCCACCUCGUGAGGACUGGAGGCCUCUAGAUGCUGAUAGGCGGGAAGACCCGGCAGAAUUUGUUAAAAGAUUUGAAGUAAAUUGUUCCACUUCGAGUUCAAGAUUCCAAGCUGUACCAAUGGCACAAAUUAACGAAGAUCCAAAUAAUAAGCUUAUCAAAGGUAAUCAGGUUAUUAGACUGCAGCAUACAGAGCUUGGCGGUUACCUCACCUCCGACGACCUUGACUUCACUGGUGAUGAGCUUGCUGAAAUCUAUGUCAAAUGCUAUAACGGUGACCCUAAAGAUAUCGAAGCUGUCAGCUCAGGAGAUUUAUUCGAGCUCGAAAUUGCCACAAAUUAUGAGAGAGGGAAAGUAUGUAUAUGGACUGACCCCAAAGAUGUCAAUAACUCCUUCCAAUACAGGCUGAGGCACCUUAACUCUGGAAGAGUAGUCAGAACUCAAGAGGUUAAAAUCACGGACGAUUUUACCUCUCUUGGACUAGCCGACCAUCCAGUCGAAGGAAAAGAGUUGGAAGAUUCUGAUAUUUCCCUUAUGAGCCUUAUCUCUACUUCAGUUGAUACAGAUAACAGGAUUAGAGCAGGCACUAGUCUCAAAAUACAGUCAAGCAAAGAUGGAAAGUUUCUCUCAACUAAAUACGACAAGGAAUGGACUGGAGGAGUCCAAGGUGGAGGAGAGCGUACCAACUCUAAAAGAGGGUUCCGACCAAAUAAGAAGGAUUCCUUCUCUGAACUCAUUGGAGAAGUCGAAAAUAUAAACAACACUAUCGAAUAUCAAGGUAUUAGGAAUAAGGGUAAAAAGACCGGUAUCUAUAACCCUCUGGAUGAUGAGGAACUCUAUAACUGUAGAAAUCUGGUUGUUGAACUUCUCAAAAAUGCAUCUAAUGAGGAUACCUUCAUGAUCAUUCCUGUCGAUGAAAAUGAAAUUAGAGAUUUGCUAUUUAUUCAAACUGUAUCAAGCCAGCUGUUUAAUUAUACAAGGUAUCUCAGAGCCAAUAAGAUUGAUGAGAUCAAGAAGGCCUAUAAUGCCAAAAUUAUAGAAUUGCUUACAAAAUUGAUCUUCUUCAUAAUUGAUACUGAAGGGAGUGAUCCAAUAACAUGUACAGGUGACCCUAUAAAGCCUAGGCAGAAACUUAUGAGAGAGCUUAGAGUUAUAGAGCUCCUAGUUGAUUGCCUCUACUACCCGUUCAAGGACAACAAGGAUUCAAUCUCUUCUCUUACUGAUGACAUGCCGUUAAAGAAAAUUAGCAUCCUGUGUUAUAGAUUGAUUCUUCACUCAGUUAAAGACUAUCGCUUAAAUGAGCUAUACGCAAGUCAGUGGAUCGAGCUCUACUUUGAGCAGUCUCUAGCUUCCAUUGAGGUGAAUAUCAAAGCUGAGAACACAAUUGCUGUGCUGAUUUCUAAUAAUAGGAUCCUCUUGGAAAAACAGAUCACCACCAAUACGAUUGAUAAGUUUAUCAGCCUCUGAAGGGAGAAGAGGAAGGAUGAAAGAGUAGUUCAACUCCUGACAGCUCUCUGCUCAUGUGGCUCCCAAGCCAUUCUCAGCAACCAGAACGAUCUCAUUAACAUUCUCUUGGAGAAGGAUGAAAACAGAGAAACUCUGGUAUUUCCAGUCCAAAUGAGAAAUCAGAGAAUUGAGGUUGGAAUAGUCGAUCAAAAGGGAGAAGAGCGGGAAUGGAUUGCCUUGAAGCACCUCAAGGAAGAUUCUGGAGAAUUUGACAACUACAGAUUGUACAAAUACUGCUGUGCUCUCAUUGAUCUCGCUUCUGAGAUGUGCUUAGAAAGGAACCACAGAGCGCUAAACUAUUUCGUUGACAUCUAUCCUAUUGAUAUUGUUAUUAAGUCUAUUAUGCAUAAUGAGUUAGAUUACAACGUUAAGAGCAAAUUCACGAAGAUGGUAGAAACUAUGUAUGUCAACAAGGAGCCAUUCGAUCAUCUACAAGUCCCUCAUUUCUCAAGAAUUUGGAGUGAAAUCUCACUUAUCGGCAACAGAAUCCAGUAUUAUAAAGAAGAGAUACCAAAGUAUCUUCUUGAUCUCAAGACUUUUACUAUUAAGUAUCUCAAAGAAACUAAGGGAGAGCAGAGCAUCUUUGAUGGAGAAAGGAACCAAAUGACUCUUCAGGUGAUCAAACUAGUAAAACUGAUGGUCUCCUAUGGCUUCUACCGGACAAAGGAAGAGCUAAGGGAGCUCUCUAUCACCCUCAUAUCUCUCCUCAACGGCUCAUGUGACAUCUAUGACCUUCAGGAGGAAGAUUCCUUCAGCGAUGAUUACCUCAACCUGAACCAUAUUCGGAAGAUGAAGUCCAAUGAUCUUGAAAGUAAGAUAAUCCCUCGCCACCAGAAGACUCAGGAUAACAUUGUGAUUAUGUAUUGUAAAGAAGAGAUCUGUGACAUCCUCCUCAGAAUCCUAGAAAUAGAGGAUGACCUCAAGAUCUCCCUCUUUCUAGGCUUCUUCAAAGAUGGCAUUGAGUCCAAUAUAGUCAUGGAAAUGGAAGAUGAAUUUGACAGUCAACUCGGAGCAAGAGAACAUACUAAUAAAAUCUUCCCAAGGGAUUCCUCUAGAAGACACUUUGCUGAUGAUAUGAAUGAGAACAGACAUCUCUCCCAAACCACUAAGGUUCAGAAAGAAUCUAUUAACAACUCAGAGACGGUCAAAUGGCUAGAAAAGGUUUUGAUGGGCGAACAGCUGUUCGACGCAUUCCCUCAAGGAACCUAUGUUUGAAUCUUGAUGGACUUGUUGGCCUAUGACUAUACUAACCUGAAUAACAAAGCUUUUGAGCUGCUCUUAAAAUUCUUCAAUCAGAGAUACUGCCUCACAGAACUUCUCAAGCAAAUCCAGCUUCUUGAGAAAGCAGAUAGCAUUGAAAUCCUCAAAAAGGUCACCAAAAUUGGCCUUGAACUUAAAAGCUUUGUUGAGGUAAUUAAUCAAUGGAUGGAUGAAGAGAAACAGAGUCAGAAGAACAUCUUUGAUGUCUCUACCAAGCUUAUCAGUACGAAGGAGAGUGUGGAUUACCUUGUUUCAAUCCUUGUCGAGAAGCACCAUAGAAGCAGAAGAGGCAUCCUCGAAGAGAUUCCCAAUACUGGAAAAAAAAAUGAAGAUUCCCUUGUAAUUGCAGUAAAUGGCAGAAUUAUGAAGAGGAGUGAAAUUUCAGACAAAGAUCUCACCCCAAAUGUAGAGAACCAGAGACUGAUGAAGAACCUUGGCAUCCCCAAAAUCCUUAUUAAGAUCCUCAAGAUUUCUCUCUCUGAAGCACAAAAGUCCAAUGAGGAUUAUCAAGACCUUAUCAGGUCGAUCUACUUAUUCCUCAUCAGAUUCUGCGCUGAUGAGCAGGAAUACCAGAACAUGAUAGGAGAGCACCUGGACUUCUUACUAAAGGAUCUUGAGUCUUGACCUCUGGUUGUUUUCCUGAUCAAAGAGAUUUUUAAGAACAACAAGAGCUUCAUCGCAUCAAAAAGGACUUAUGUAGUACAAUACAUCGCUCAAAAAGAGGCAAAAUUAAGUAUUGAUUCUGAUCAAAAGCAGCAUUAUUUGAUGAUCCUAAAGACUUUAUCCAAGAAUCAUAAUAAGACCUCAACCAAGACUGCAAAUGAGAUCCUGAACAUAAUCACGCCCAUUGAUGAUAGCACCAUCCAAUGCUUCUUUGAGACCAAAGAAGAGAUGGAAAAGGCUAAGAACAUGACAAGCGGAUUUAAGAAGGAUAUCGCUAAGCAUUCCAUGAACGUGAAGGAGAAGGAAGAAUCUCCUGAAGAGCAGACUAUCCCCAAGUCACAAGUCUUAUUUGGUAAUUUCAAGAUAGUCCUCGACUAUCUUGAGAAAGCAGACUUCUUCUUGCCUUUCAAGAAGUCAGUGGUAGAGUACCUCUACCACUUGGUGAAGGCUAACCAGAGAGACAUCUACAGCUCAGAGUCCUGUGAGGAGCUACUCUGGAAGAUCCUCACUAAUCUUGUGCAAGACUGUGAACAGAAGGCAGAGGCUGAUGACCUGUACGAUGAGGUAAAAUCCUACGGGUAUCCUCUGAAUGAGACCCAUAAGUCCAUUUCUGAUAAGUACAUCUUCAAGAAUAUUUACAUUGUGAUCUCCACUGUCAUGAAGAUGAAUUUAGAUUUUGAUGAGAGAGCAGAGCUCAUCAAAAGAAUUGCAGUAGUCACUUCGAAGUGAUACUAUAAGAUGGAGAAGACUCAGGAGCUGAUGAAGUGGGUCUCUGAUGUGCUCCUUACAAUGCGUGAUAAUAGCAACCUCUCUCCUUACCUUGAUGGGGUAAAAAGUCCUUUUGAAGCAGGUGAAGAUCUAUAUCUAGCCUUGCAAGAAGGAGAUAAAACAAGCAGAAUGUUGAAAAAGGCUACAAGAAGGAAUACAAUAUUUAUACCAGGCUUUGGCGGAGAAAACAAAGCUUCGAUGUUCUACAGCAGGAUCAACUCUCUCAUCAAGAGUGAUGAUUUGAAAGAUCUCCUGAGUAAGGAAUUUGAGAAGUUAGUAGACUGGUUCUCUAAAUUCUCUGAGAAAUGCGAUAAAAACUUCAUGGAGUUGGAUCCAAUUUUUCCUCUCUACAAAAUGCUUGAUCCUGAGAAUACAUUUCUGCACCCAGACCUCCACAUUGCUGGUAUCAGAAUUCUUCGAAAAAUAAUAGAAAUCGGUAGUAAAGAGCUACUCGGAAUAGAGUCUGACAAUGAAGAAGAAGAGAGCGAAGAUGAAGAAGACCUUGAUUACAGCGAAUAUAUUAACUUCCUUGCCUCCAAAGGCUGCGUUGAGUUCCUCUGCGACUAUAUCUCAAGAUGAGAGGAUCACAAGGUCCUUGACGAGUGCAUCUUGCUAGCAAAUGCUUUGCUUCAAGGCGGGAACCAGCAAUCUCAGGAACGGUUCCUUGAAUACAUGAAAGAGGACGAAAGCAAUAGCCUUUUGCUCAAAAUAAAAUCAAUAUUGAUUCGGAAGUUUGAUAUAUGUAAGAAGCUAAUCAUCGAGUCUGAGUCUAAAAUCAAGCAGAACGUUGAUCUUUCUGAUGAAGAAGACUCUGAUGAUGAACUCUAUGACCAAAUUGAAGAGGACUCUCUCACUGAUGACGAACUCAUUGAAUCCAAUAAUGGCGAGAUGGAGGAGAUAGAAGAGGAUGAUAUUGAUAUUACCAAUGAAAACCUUGAGAGCUGCAUCAUAAAUUGUAAUAGAGUUCUCAGAUUCCUCCAACUUCUUUGUGAGAACCACAACCUCGAUCUACAGAAUUUCUUGAGGGUGCAAGACCAUGAAGGACUGGUAAACAACAAAUCAUUUGAUUUUGUUUCUCAUAUCUCAUUAAUGUUUGGUACAUUCAUCAAAGAGUAUACGAAUUGUUACUCUAGUGACUUAGGAGACCAGCUUAUGGCUACACUUACAGAGUUAAUCCAGGGUCCUUGUAAGCAAAACCAGACUUCUCUCAUUAACUGUAAGGUGAUUGAUAACUGUACCGAAUUAAUUUUCGUCUACAACUCUAAGAAAGUGCUCAGGCAAAAAGGUUUCAUUGGGAAAUAUGAGAUCGAACUUGAUGAGCUUAAGCAGCACUGCGUUACGUUGCUCUUGUCUCUGAUAGAAGGAAAAUGAGAUGAGUAUAUUAAGAAGCAAAUGACUCAAGCUAUUGAUAACUUCUUGAUUGUCUUCCAAAGAAUGGACUCUAUUUACAAGAAGUUUGUCAAGCAGAAGCUAGGCCUUGAUCCUAACACAGCCAGCUUGAGUAAUGUCACCAACAAAUUGCAGAAGGAUAGCUUUGAUGGUUCUAUUAGUGAAGGAUUCGAGCUUUUCAUACUUAUCAAACUUCUUAUCCAAGAUAAUGACCCUAGUGCCAUGAAGAAGUACAAAGAGUUUGAAUCCCAAUGCCCUGACGAGAAAAGCCCAGACAGUCUUCACAGAAGCAUGCAGUUUUAUCAGAAGUUCACAGGGACUUGUGAAGUUAUUGUCCAUGACGAGCUCUUCAAAGUGUACUUUCCAAUCCUUCCUAUCUGUAGGUUCCUGAGUGCUAGCAGUAAGAAAUAUUUCCUUGAGAAUGUUCCUAGAGAAUCUCCUCAGCACAAAAUAAACGGAUUCUUAUCUGCUAUUCCUGAUUUUAUUGAUGAAAUGGAGCACACAGAAAGUCUGAGGCACGGGAAAAUUAAGAUUACCCCGCAAAUAGUGAGUCUGAUCAGAGAUGUCUGCUUGUUCUUUGCAUUAGUCAUCAAUGUACUGAUCUUAUAUGAUUAUGAGUAUGUGAGCGAGGUUCAAAGUAAUAGCUCUGAGGCUUUAAAGCCUCAGCUAAAGCACACCUACAACGAAACCUUACUGUUUAUUCUUGGAAUUAUCCUGAUUUCUUUUUGAACACUUUUGUUAUUAUUAUGGCUGAUCACAAGUUAUUCCUUGCUUAAUAAGAGAUAUUGGAGAGACUAUGUUGCCAAAAACAGGGCUGAUGACCCUGAAACCUUUAAAACGCUAGAGACCAGAAACUCUUUGUCUAUCAAGCCAGCUAGAGAUACUCCACUAAGGGAGGCCAGGCAGAUUCUCAAGUUUUAUGGAAUAGAAUGAAGGGAGUUUAUGUACUAUGGGAAGCUCAACUUCGGGCAUCUAAUAAUUAAGCUGGAGUACUAUUUUCUGUCAUUUACAUUCAUACUGAAAAAUCCUAGGUUUAGGUAUUUCUGCACACUGAUACUCCUAGCAGUGACUGGCUUUAGUUUCUCUCCUGCUUUGUACAGUCUCCACUUGUUAGAUGUAAUAGAGAGGUCUCCAAUAUUGAGGGAUGUGAUCAAGUCAGUAACUCUGAACUUUAUUGAUCUAGUACAGACAGCCAUUUUUGGGCUUGUGCUGAUAUAUGUGUUCGCAGCCCUAGGAUUCCAAUUCUUCCAUGAUAUGUACUUUGAUGAAGAAGUAGAAAGAGAUAUCUCAGCAAAAAGAGGGGACAAUACUUGUAAGACCUUUCUGCAAUGAGUCGGGUCAACAAUUGGAUAUGGCCUCAGAAUGGGAGGUGGAAUAGCAGACAAACUCUCUGCUCAGACUUAUGACGACAAUGUGUUAUUCUAUCUCAGAUCUGGGUACGACUUGCUAUUCUUCUUGCUUGUUGUAAUCAUCUUGCUGAAUAUCUUCUCAGGUAUAAUCAUUGAUACUUUUGCACAGUUGAGAGAUCAAAAGACAGACUUCACGCAUAAUAAAAACAAUGUUUGCUUCAUUUGAUCUAUUGAUCGUUACGAGUUUGAUAGGAAUGGGGAUGGAUUUGAGAAGCAUAUUGAAAAGGACCAUCACAUAUUCCAUUACCUCUACUACAAAAUCUAUAUCAAGAAUAAGCCUAAGACUGAAUAUAACGGAACAGAGUCCAAUAUUGGAGAUGAUAGCUCCUGGUUCCCCUUCCAUAGAGCACUGAUACUUGAGAGAGCGAAAGAGAAGGACAAAGAAGAUGAGGAAGGAGUCAAUGAGCUCCAGCUGAAGGUCAAGUCUCUUGAAAAACUUAUCGCGACUAUGGAGAAGCAGGCGGCUCAUUAAGUUAUUUAUUUAUCCUCAAUUCUGCUCA